UACCUUUCCGGACAUUACUCACGAUGAAAGUUCGCGGUCGUGCGUCAGGAAGACACUCUUCACUGAUCUCUAAAAAUGAUCCACAAGUUGUAAAGAAAAAAUGUUUUGUUCCUUUGUUUUCUCAAAACUAGUAACACUUUUCGUGUUAAUGGUACAACUGAGCGGCAUCGUUUGCGAUAAGAAAGAUGGUAUAUUUCAGACCGACAUAGGUAAUCAAAUGACCAUUGGUUUAAGCGACGAGGGAUACAAAAGCGUCCAACUGAAGUGUGGUUCUAACUCAAUGGUGGUAAAAUUGGAGACGGAAGAGGACUUUGAAGGUGUAAUUUAUACCAGAGGAAGUUUCUCUGAUAAAAAAUCAUCGUGUUUUUUGGAUCCUGGUUACAGAAAAGGACAAAGGUCAUUUUCUAUCAAAUUUCCGCUAGAUGAAUGUAAUACUCAUAAGAAGGGCGAAAUAUAUUCCAAUACUUUGGUUUUGCAACAUGACAAAGAAUUGAUAAUGCCAGGUGACGCCGCUUUCCACUUAGAAUGCGAUUAUAGUAAACCACGUGAUGUUACUGUAAACGCCGAUUUACAAAAGGAUAAUUCUGUGGUAUCACGAAUCAGUUUAACGGACGCUGACCCAUCGUUCAAAGAAAAACGCAGAAACAAAAGAACUACUGCCGAAAAUAUAAGUGACACCGUCAUUCUAACACAAGACUUUUUGAAAAGGCGUAAGGAAGAGCUGUGAUAUUUCACCAUCUGACGAUUUAUUUAUUGCGUUUUAGUCUGAAACAGAAUUGGCGUGUGACAAGGAAUUCAAUAAUAAACUACAACAUCAUAUAA